CUCCGUACCUACACUUAUAUCCAUCCAUCCAUCUUAUCGCUCGGUGAUGUAAUUGCUCACAGGCAGUGAGUGCGUGAGUGAGCAACAUUGUCUUCCUUUUUUUCCCAUAGUGACGCACCACCUCGUCCCCAUCUCCGCAACAAGGCUGUCCCUCUACCAGCACCCGCUCACCGUCGCCGUUCCAGCUAUCAAGCAAACAAUGCCACCCUCCGACCUCGAAAAGAGCGGCGACCUCGAGGAGGGCCACACGAGCACGAACCUAGUGUCGCAAGAGCUUCUCAAGCACUCGCACGAUGCGGACGCAGCGUUGAAAGCACUGGAGGGCCAGUCCAUCGUGUUGACGCCUGCGGAGAACAAGAGGUUGCUGCGGAAGAUUGAUUUGCAUUUGAUGCCGAUCAUGUGCAUUGUAUACGGCCUCAACUACCUCGACAAAACGACGCUGAGCUACGCCAGCAUCAUGGGUCUCAAGUUACCGCCCUCGUCCGACAAACUGCACAGCGGCAUUUCAAUCAAUGGGUCGCAGUAUAGCUGGCUCAGCUCCAUGUUUUAUUUCGGGUACUUGUUCUGGGAGUAUCCUACCAAUCGAUUGCUGCAGCGAUUGCCGCUUGGAAAGUACUCGGCCUUCAACAUCAUAAUGUGGGGCACCGUGCUCGCGUGCUUCGCAGCCGUCGACAACUACGGCGGCGCCAUCGCCAUCCGCCUCUUCCUCGGCAUCUUCGAAGCCGCCGUGACGCCCGGGUUCGCGCUCUUCACAUCCCAGUGGUACACGCGGCGGGAGCAGGGUACCCGCACGGGCAUCUGGUUCUCGUUCAACGGGUUUGCGCAGAUCUUUGGCGGGGUGCUGGCGUACGGGAUUGCGGUCGGGUGCCGGAGGACGGGCACGCUGCUCGAGCCGUGGAAGAUUGUGUUUUUGGCGACGGGGUUGUUGACGGCGGGCGUGGGAGCCGUGUUUCUGUGGGCGGUGCCGGAUAGCCAGAUCAAUUGUCGGUGGUUGACGAAGGAGGAGAGGAUUCUGGCGAUCGAGAGGAUUAGGAUUAAUGGCCAGGGAGUCGGGAAUAAGCAUUUCAAAGGGUAUCAGAUGAGGGAGGCGUUGCUGGAUCCGAUGUGUUGGGCUUUCUUCUUCUAUGCCCUCAUUGCGAGCAUUCCGAAUGGAGGCAUAUCCAACUUCUUCUCCCAGCUCAUCGUCGGCUUCGGCUACACGCCCGAGCAAUCCCUCCUAUACGGCACUCCCGGCGGCGCCGUCGAGAUCGUCGCCCUCAUCCUCUGCGCCUGGUACGGCGACCGCAUCGGCCGGCGCAUCCUCGUCUCCAUGGCGGGCCUCGCGCUCGCCCUCCUGGGAAUGAUCCUCAUCGUCGCAUUGCCGCUCAGCAACAACAGCGGCCGUCUCGCGGGAUACUACUUCACGCAGGCGAGUCCGACGCCGUUCGUCGCGCUGCUGAGUCUCAUUAGCAGUAACGUGGCCGGGUAUACGAAAAAGACGACCGUCGCGGCCAUGUAUCUUAUCGGGUACUGUACGGGGAACAUCAUCGGCCCACAGACCUUCCGCCCAGAGCACGCGCCCCGCUACGUCCCCGCGGAAAUCACAAUCAUCGUCUGCUGGGCCGUCGCGCUCGGCAUCCUGGCCUUCGUCCACGUCUACUACGCGCGGCAGAACGCGUCCAAGGCGGCUGUCCGCGGCGGGGCGGGUUACGUCCGCCUUGAGAAUCAGGAGUGGCUUGAUUUGACUGACCGGGAGAAUCCCGAGUUCGUGUAUACGCUUUAGAAAAGAGAGGGGGCGUGGUUGAAUCGAUGGAGUGGUCGAGCGUUUGAAGAAGAGCGUUUGAAGAAGAGCGUUUGAAGAAGAGCGUUUGAAGAAGAGCGUUUGAAGAAGAG